UAAAAGAUGUCGAGUUGACACCAAUAAAUGCUGGCAUUGGGCUGCUUAUUGGUGUAAAUUCUCCCAAAGCGCUGGAACCUUGGAGAAUCAUUAACAGUGAGGGUAAUGGACCCUAUGCUGUGCUAACUCGUCUUGGUUGGGUUGUCAAUGGGCCACUCAAUCAUGGUAGUGAGAUGGAUGGGCGUGAUGCUAGUUUUGUCCAGGUAAACCGCAUUUCUAUAAGUAGUUUGGAGGAAAUGCUGGUUAAACAGUAUAAUCAAGAUUUUGUGGAGAGCCAGUGUAAUGAACGUGCAGAAAUGUCUGUAGAAGAUAAACGGUUCAUGAGCAUAAUGUCAGAGUCAGCUGUACUUAAGGAUGGUCAUUAUUACUUGAAAUUACCCUUUCGUAAACCUGAAGUAAGAAUGCCAAACAACAAGCAGGUGGCUCAGCAGAGGGCGCAAUAUCUGCUAAGACGGUUUCAGAAAGAUCAGUUAUUCUUUGAAGAAUACAAGGAAUUCAUGCACAAUGUUAGUAUGGAGGGACAUUCAGAAAUCAUACCACAAGAGCAAUUGAAGCAUGAGGAAGGAAAGGUGUGGUAUAUACCUCAUCAUGGGGUCUACCACCCCCGCAAGAAAACACUGCGUGUUGUGUAUGAUUGUGCUUCAACAUUUGCUGGAACAUCACUGAACAAAGAGCUAUUACAAGGCCCAGAUCUGACUAGCACUUUAUUAGGUGUGCUGAUUCGCUUUCGGCAGGGUCCAAUAGCGCUUAUGACAGACAUUAAAGGGAUGUUUCAUCAGGUCAGAGUAGUUGAGGAACACGUAAACUUUUUACGUUUUCUCUGGUGGCCCAAUGGUGACGUCACAAAACAGCUGGUGGAACAUAGAAUGUUAGUCCACAUUUUUGGUGCAGUAUCCUCCCCCAGCUGUGCCACCUAUGCACUACUAAAGACUGCUGAUGACAACCAACAUCUGUACCCAGAGGAGGUUAUACGUACAAUCAGGCAUAGUUUUUAUGUAGAUGACUGUCUUAAAUCUACUCAGUCUGUUGAGCAGGCCAUCUCACUUUAUCAGCAGCUUACUGAGGUGUGUGCCAAGGGGGGAUUUAAGCUCAAUAAGUGGGUAUGUAGUGAUCGCUCUGUCCUCUGUCAGAUCCCGGAGGAAAAUAGAGCCACAGGUGUAAAGAUGCUGGACCUUAGUCGGGAUCAGCUACCCACAGAAAGAGCUCUCGGUGUGCAAUGGGAUAUUGAACAUGAUGUUUUCACAUUCAGUAUUGUGAACAAGGACAAACCACUUACAAGACGUGGUAUUCUGUCCAAUGUCAGCUCCGUUUACGACCCUUUGGGUUUCUUAGCACCAGUCAUUCUGCCUGCAAAACAAAUUCUGCAACAUCUAUGUAAACUGAGGUUUGGCUGGGAUGAGACAAUACCAGCAGAAAUGGCACAAACUUGGCAAAAAUGGGUUGAAGAUUUAGUUCUUCUUAACAAGUUUAGUAUUAGUAGGUGUGUCACACCCAAAGGAUUUGGGGAGAUAAAAAGUGCACAGCUGCAUCACUUUUGUGAUGCCAGUGAAACUGGGUAUGGUGCUGUAUCAUAUCUUAGGCUAUCUAAUAGCAAGCAGGAAGUGUGUGUUUCCUUUAUUAUUGGGAAAGCAAGGGUGGCGCCGUUAAAACAAGUCACCAUCCCACGUCUUGAGCUGGCUGCUGCAGUUUUAGCUGUGCGCUUGGACAAAAUGCUAUCAGUUGAACUCAAUCUUAAUCUGAGUGAGUCAGUCUUUUGGUCUGACAGCACAACUGUGCUACAGUACAUUGCAAACACAACCACACGGUUCAAAACGUAUGUAGCUAAUAGAGUUUCCAUCAUUCAUGCUAUGACAAAAGUUGAGCAGUGGAGGUACAUCAGUUCAAAACUGAAUCCAGCUGAUGCAGCCUCUCGAGGAAUGACAGUUGGCUCUUUCCUGAAAUCUUCCACCUGGAUCAGUGGUCCAGAAUUUCUUAGUAAACCUGUUGUUCACUGGCCUGAACGACAGAAAUGGAACAAGAUUCGUAGAAACUUUUGCAUUGGUGAUGUUGUGCUUAUUGUUGAUGGAGCUGCACCAAGAAAUUCUUGGCCCAUUGGCCGCAUCACUGAAACCAUGGCCGAUGCACACGGAGUAGUUCGCCGUGUUAGAGUUAAGACACGAACAAAUGAGCUAGAGAGGCCAAUCAACAAAAUAUGUCUCCUGGUGGAGGCCAUCUAG